CUAUCCACAGGUGCACCAGCCGUGAUGCAGCAGCCACGAGUGGAGACGGAUCCCAUCGGGGCCGGCGAGGGGCCGCAGCGGGCGGUCCCCUGGUCGGUCUGGGUCACCCGGCAGGGCUGGGUGCGCUGGUGGGUAUGCCAUGUGCCCCAGAGCUGGGCCCAGUGGUGGACCACAUCAGGUUUGCGGCAACCCCUGCAGCGCGUGCUGUGGGGUCUGGAGGGGAUACUCUACCUGCUGCUGGCUCUGAUGCUGUGCCAYGCACUCUUCACCACCGGUACCCACCUGCUCAGCUCCCUCUGGCCUGUGGUGGCCGCCAUGUGGCGCCAUCUGCUGCCAGCCAUCCUGCUGCUGGUGCUAAGUGCCCUGCCUGCCUUGCUCUUCACGGCCUCCUUCCUGCUGCUCUUCUCCACACUGCUGAGCCUCGUGGGCCUCCUCACCUCCAUGACUCACCCAGGCCGUGCUCAGGACUUGGACCAAUAG